AUGAACGGUACAGAGGGGCCGUUCUUCUACAUUCCCAUGUCCAACGCCACCGGCGUGGUCAGGAGCCCGUACGAAUACCCGCAGUACUACCUGGUGGCACCAUGGGGCUACGCCUGCCUGGCUGCCUACAUGUUCCUCCUCAUCCUCGUCGGAUUCCCUGUCAACUUCCUCACGCUGUACGUCACAAUCGAACACAAGAAGCUACGCUCGCCCCUCAACUACAUCCUGCUCAACUUGGCUGUGGCUAACCUCUUCAUGGUGAUCGGCGGGUUCACCACCACGAUGUGGACCUCGCUCAACGGCUACUUCGUCUUCGGCAGAAUGGGUUGCAACAUUGAGGGCUUCUUCGCCACCCUGGGAGGUGAAAUUGCGCUCUGGUCCCUGGUCGUACUGUCGAUAGAGAGGUGGUUGGUCGUCUGCAAGCCCAUCAGCAGCUUCCGCUUCACCGAGACCCACGCCAUUGGGGGUGUUGCCUUCUCCUGGAUCAUGGCCUCUGCUUGUGCCGUGCCUCCCCUGGUCGGCUGGUCCCGUUACAUCCCCGAGGGCAUGCAGUGCUCGUGCGGAAUCGACUACUACACACGUGCCGAGGGCUUCAACAACGAGUCCUUUGUCAUCUAUAUGUUCGUGGUGCACUUCAUGUGCCCCUUCGUCAUCAUCACCUUCUGCUAUGGUAACCUUGUGUGCGCGGUCAAGGCAGCUGCCGCGGCGCAACAGGAGUCCGAGACCACCCAGAGGGCCGAGCGAGAGGUCACACGCAUGGUCAUCCUCAUGUUCAUCGCCUUCCUGGUAUGCUGGGUGCCCUACGCCAGUGUAGCCUGGUUCAUCUUCUGCAAUCAGGGCAGCGAGUUCGGGCCCGUCUUCAUGACCAUGCCCGCCUUCUUUGCCAAGAGCUCCGCCAUCUACAACCCCCUCAUCUACGUGUGCAUGAACAAGCAGUUCCGUCACUGCAUGAUCACCACCCUGUGCUGCGGCAAGAACCCCUUCGAAGAGGAGGAGGGUGCCUCCACCACUGCCUCCAAGACCGAGGCCUCGUCCGUCUCCUCUGUGUCCCCAGCGUAAGAGAGCCUGUCCACAGCCCCAGUCUGAACCACAGGUGCAAUGCUGCUCUCACGGGUCCUCCCGAGACGACGAUACAGAUGAAGACGCAGAUGAAUACAAAGACAAAGAUGAAGACAAAGACGAAGAUGAAGACUCCAACGCUGAGGAACAAGCGGCCACUACCACCGUCUACAGAAGUAACUUCCCUAAUAUUCUUCUUUUUUCCUUUUUUGUAUUUUUACAAAAACUGUUAACGUUGGUUCGACCUAAAGACAGUUGUGUGAGAUGGCAGUUCACAUCCUCAAGUCGAUUCUGUAUAUGUACAGUUGGGUCCAAUGUAAGAGUACCAUGAGAUGUUUUUUUUUCUCCCCUCUAUUCUCCUCAGAGGGCAACUCAACAAAAGGAAAAUAUCUUACUGACUGUUACUGUUGGACUCUAUAAGUAUAUCUGGCUUUUUGUCGUGAAUGUAGAGGCAUGUAAUCAAUGGCAUCGUAAAAUAAACCGCACUUUGCAAAUGAAUCACCCAGUUCAUGUUUUAAUUAAAAAGGGGAAGUUAAGAUGG